AUGUCAGUUGUAACCCACACUGCCAAUGCUGAAAAGCAUCCUGGAAGGGUCCUGGCCAUGACACCCAGACAUAGCUCAGUGGAGGUUCAAGCAGACAAAGAGAGGAAGCGCGAGAUGAAGGAGCAGAAGGAAAACAAGACGAAGCAUGCAGUGAAGAAUAUUGCGAGCCUAGAGAACAAGAUGGCAGAUGAGGAUAUCAGUGAAGAGCUUAACAGGGUCACUAAGCGGGCCAAGGUCAAGACAGGGCAGCGCAGGCACGGAGGUCGUAGUAAUGCAGAAGGCACAGUAGCAAAGCCAGCGCAGAUGCAGCAUGCUCUGCAGCCUAAGUGGAAGAUGAAUCAUGCUGAUGACAAGUUUGAGAAGAUAGACCUUCCAACAUCAGACUCGGAACAGCCACGCAAGAGGCAGAAGGGGGUAGAUGAACGUCCCAGAAUUGCGAUAGAGAGAGCUCGACUUGAAGGAAGAGAAGUGCCUGCACGUCACAAUGAUGACAAAGGCAAAGCGCCGAAGCGUACUGGUGUAAGUGCACCAGCCCAGAAGACCCGUACUGUGCCGUCAGGACCUCUUCAUGACUGGCAGAGCUCCGCACUGGCUCCAUGGAAGCUUGGAUCGAUGACCUCUGUUCCUCACUUUGCAACAACUGGCCUGCAAGCUGAAACAGCUGAUGUUCCAUCGAGACAAAAUGUAGGCAGGCGUAAUGCUGAAGUCACCGGAGUUCUCGUGCAAGAAACUGGCUUCGCCAGUGAUGACAGCGAAGGUGCCGAGGAGACUGCUGCCCUCUCGAGUCCCAUCAAAGGUGCUGGUACCCAAUUGACCAGUGCAGGACUCGUCAAACUUGAUGAGGACAGCGAUCUAGAGGCCACGCCUUUUGCGAGACCCAUUUAUUCGAAGGGAAGGAAGAUCCAUUUUAGAGAUGAGUCAAACUAUGAUGUAGAUGAUAUGUCGCAGCCAGUACGGUUGAAGCGAGUGACAAAUGAUGUGCAUGAUAUCGUGAAAGUUGAGGACCACGCUAGCAACUUGGAGGAUGCCGAUAAUGAUUCUGAAGACUAUGAGGAAUCUGUCAAGUCCUCAAACAAUGGCCACACAGUCACUAUAGGAAGGCGCCCCAACUCGAAGAAAGCAAACUUACCGGCUGGAGCUAAUGACGGCGACCGCUUCACUCGUGUUCUCAUCCCCACUCUUCAUCAAUAUGUGGGCAGUCUUCGAGAGCCAUGGGCCGUGAAGGAUGAGAAGCUUGUGCAUGUGCUGCAGCUCAUCUGGAAGGCCAUCUACCCACAGAUUCCAUACAUCAUUAAGCAUCAUGACCAUGUUUUUAAUAUCGUUCAUGGGUUUGGUACCUCUGCACUAGCUGUCCUCGAUCUCCUUUAUGGACGUUCACACUGCACUACUGAAGCCGAGUGCCAGAGGCUUGCAGAGCAUUGGAAGGAGAACAUGCGCUUCGUGUAUGAGCACGCUGACAGAAGUCCCAAGCAAUGGACAGGACUGUUCCAUUCUGAGAUCAUUUCUCGUCUCCUUGGAAGUCAUCUCUCAAACAUUAGAGGUGCCAUAAGCGACGUGCCGAAUUUGAUGGAUAAGAACGUGCCACCGAUCGAACGCGCUCUCACAUUCUGGACAACUGGUAUCAUGUUCUUGCAGAACGGUGAAUCCAAGAUGCUUAAGAACACAAACCCAGCAUCUGGCAAACUCACAACGGCUACAGCCUUUGGCGAAGAUAAGUAUGCCAAGAUGACGAAGUCUUACUCUAAGUUUGCACUCGAUCUUCCACCCAAGAAGAUGGCGAAAGUGAUCGAGUGUGCCAUUUGGUACAUGAAAGCUGGUACCAGGCAUGCCCCAAUCGAGAUAGAUGAUGACGAGGAGGAUGAUAUGCAUGCAAAGCUUGCCGAUGCUGGGUCUGAUUCUGAGUAA